UCAUCCUCAUCCUCUUGCUUCUCACUGAACACCACCCCAAUCCUCCGUCACCACCACCAUCAUACCCUCACACUCUCUCUUCCCCCUUCACCUGUCACUCUCACCCUCCACCACCGCAUAACUCCCUCCUUCCUCCGCCCAUCCCCGCUUCCACCGGCGCCGGCAAACCUCCUCGUGCCGCACGCUAAGCCCCCUACGGCCGACAAGUCCGGCGAGCAGAAGUGGGUCCACGAGGGCCUCAUCACCGAGUCCCUCCCCAACGGCAUGUUCCGCGUUCGCCUCGACAACCAGGACCUCAUUCUCGGAUAUGUUUCUGGGAAAAUCCGAAAGAAUUUCGUCAGAAUAUUGCCCGGGGAUCGCGUCAAGGUUGAGGUCAGUCGCUAUGAUUCUUCCAAGGGACGUAUUGUUUAUAGGCUUCGUAGUAGUAGUUCGUCUUAGUAUUAACAUGGACAUCAACUGUUUGUGAAAAUGUCUCAAUGCACCCCAAAUUGGGUUCUUAGCUUUUUGUGUGAUUUCGUAAGAUAAGGAUGGAUUUGUUAUUGUUUAUCUGAUUUAUGCUGAAUUAGAAAGAAUAUACUUUGAGCAUAUGGUUGUUGUAUAAAUAGUGAUUCAUGUUUGAUUUGGUUCCAUAUAUUUUAGUUUUGUUAAAAUAGUGUUGUAGUUUUCGA